AUGGACUACGACUCGUACAACGGCGACGCUGCCUCCCACAACGGCACCGCGAACGGCGGCGCUGCCUCCCCGUUGCCGCAGACGCCGUCCGCGUCGAGCAUCAUCCGCAAGAAGCUCAUGGGCUACGUCGGCUUUGCCAACCUGCCCAACCAGGUCCACCGCAAGAGCGUCCGCAAGGGCUUCCAGUUUACCGCAAUGGUCGUCGGCGAGUCCGGCCUGGGCAAGUCGACGCUGGUCAACACGCUCUUCGACACGCCGCUCUACCCGCCCAAGGAGCCCCUCCCGCCCCACGCAGAGCGCCCAACGACAGUCGCCAUUGAGAGCAUCAGCGCAGAUAUCGAGGAGAACGGCGUCCGCCUCCGCCUCACCGUCGUCGACACACCCGGCUUCGGCGACUUUGUCAAUAACGAGGACAGCUGGAAACCGAUCGUCGAGAACAUCGAAGCUCGCUUCGACUCGUAUCUCGAGCAGGAGAACCGCGUUAACCGCGCGAAGAUCACCGACAACCGCGUACACGCCUGCCUCUACUUCAUCCAGCCGACCGGUCACGCCCUCAAGCCGCUCGACAUCGAGUUUAUGCGCCGCCUGCACACCAAGGUCAACUUGAUUCCUGUCAUUGCCAAGGCGGACACCAUGACCGACGAGGAGGUCGCGGACUUCAAGGCUCGCAUCCUCGCGGACAUUGCGUACCACAACAUUCAGAUCUUCCAGGCACCGACGUAUGAGAACGAGGAUGAGGAGGCGCUGGCAGAGGCCGAGGAGAUUGCCGGCAAGAUCCCUUUCGCUGUCGUUGGCUCGACCAACAUCGUCGUUGCCGCGGACGGACGUGAAGUCCGUGGCCGUUCGUACCCGUGGGGUGUGAUCGAAGUCGACAACGAGGAGCACUGCGAUUUCGUCAAGCUCAGGCAGAUGCUGAUCCGGACGUACAUGGAGGAGUUGCGCGAGUACACAAACGACACGUUGUACGAGAACUGGCGGUCCGAGAAGCUCACCAGCAUGGGUGUCGCCCAGGACUCGAGCGUGUUCAAGGAGGUCAACCCGGCACAGCGCAUGCAGGAGGAGCGCGUGCUGCACGAGGCCAAGCUGGCCAAGAUGGAGGCCGAGAUGAAGAUGGUGUUCCAACAGAAGGUGCAGGAGAAGGAGGCGAAGCUCAAGCAGUCCGAGGAAGAGCUCUACGCGCGGCACCGCGAGAUGAAGGACGCGCUCGAGAAGCAGCGUCUGGAUCUGGACGACAAGAAGAGGAGGCUCGAGAGCGGCCGGCCGCUCACACCGGACAACAAGGCAGCUUCGAAGAAAACCCGCGGUUUCCUUCGUUAA